AUGGUUCUCAAGCAAAAGGCGGAUCCUGCAAGGAGACCGCACAAGAAGGGAGAUGAGGAUCCCGGCUAUGGCGAGUGGCUACCAGGCGGGAAUUUCAAAAUUGUUUUCACACAGGAUUCGGUGGACUGCUCAACAGGCAAUGCACAGACACACAAAGACCAUUUCCACGACGAAAGUGGCGUCUUGCAGGGCUCUGGGUCAUCGCACUGUCAUUACCAGCUCUCCUCCUCCUCACCUUCACUCAGCGCCGACCUUGCAACACCAGCUAUGGCAAUCUCCAUUCCCGCCCAAAUGCCGCUAGAUGCCGGAAGCCUAGGGCUCCUUCGAUCGGCACCCCGCUUCCCCCCUAUCACAAAGGCGACUCUCAGUGAACUAGAUCUGGACCGUAUCAUGAGAAAUAUCAACCUGCGCGUCGACGUGAACUUCUACCGCGAUUUACAUUUCCGCCCGGUGGAAGGUGAGAAAGGCGAAGAGAGGGAUCGUUUAGCAAGGGUUUACUGGGAGGCUAUCGCCAUUGAAAUUGCGAUUUAUGCGUACCAUGCGGCUACUAAUAACUCCGAAUGUGGUGAAUACGGGUAUCGAGCGAACAACUUCCAGGGCUUUUUCGAGCCAAGACUGCCUCUGAUGCUCGAAACUUUGAAGGACGUGCUCUGGACGCUGGUACCCGAACGCGACCACCAGACCAUUGCAGAAAAUCUCGAUGUCCCUUUUAUUAUGCAGCAGAUCGAAAAGGGUGUUCUGAAUCUGGUCAGCUUACUCGAGUGGCUCUCAGCCCUGGUGAAGUCACAUUGCGCUCCGAUGCGAGAUUCGCUAGCAGAUCAAAUGGUCGACGAAAUUCGGGAGGGGAACGAACUGCGGGAUCCCCGCAGAACUGUGAAUGGGCUAACGAUAAUGUUCGGGAUUUUGGAAUCCAUGAAGCUUGACGUUGCCAACCAUCAAAUACGGUCGUUUAGGUUACCCCUAAUUGACGACACUGUUCGAUUUUUGCAAUCUUACUUUUUCCAUCGACUUGAUGAAAACGCAAUGUACGUGGAGGAAGCAAAGAAAUGGUUCCAUAAUGCCUUACGCGAACAAGCCUGCCUUCGACGAUGGACACGCGGCUGGACCGAGUGCAAUAAUGUUGCAGCCGUUUGUCGAGGCUUGACCCCUCUACUUUCGCAAUCAGAUAGUCCCGCAGGAUUCCCGGCGACGUUCAAAUUCACCCACUGCCGUCUGUGGAUGAUGCGCUCGGAGGUGCAAGAUUCGAUCGCCUUUGAGUUAUGCAAGCAUGUCUUUGAUAAAACGGCCUCGAAUCACAUCCCCCACAUACCCCGAAGUCGAGAGGUCUACUCCACCUUACGGUCUCGCCUAUGGUCCAUCGUCGAAGGCGACCGCAACGGUGCUAUCAUCGACGCACAAAAAUGGAGAAAUAAUAUCAGCUCCAUCGCGCUAGAAAUCACGCGCCUAAUCUCGAAUCUCGAAGCCAGCAUAAAACCAGGCGUCACGCUCGAUGCAAAUGUCUUGUCCUACGUCGAAGGGAUGCUCAGGUCCUGUUUUGGACGUCGCUCUCCGCUAUUUGAACACUACCGAGAGGUUGUAUCUGAACAGCUGGAAAAAGCUACGAUGGCCGUGAUAGAGCGAUACGUGGGCAUGUCUUGCUUGGAUAUGUGUGACGAUCAGCACCUACCGCAGCCUGAAGACUAUGUGCAACUGGGGCCAAACGACAUCGAGAGCAUAGGCAAACGGCUCGCCCAUCUCUGCGUGCUGCAUUGGCGCGUGUGGGGGCCGAUCCUGUAUUUCGCAAAUUCGGGUCAAUCUGGCCUUGACAGCUGA